CGUAUGCAAGAUAAAGUGACUGAAAUCGACCCAGAUCAGAAAUUUGUAUUUUUGCAUUGUAUUAUACAUCAGCAUGUGUUGUGCAAGUCAGUGCUAAAAAUGAACCAUGUUAUUGAUGUUGUAACUAAAAUAGUUAACUUCAUCAGGGCACGAGCAUUGAAUCACAGACAGUUUGUUUCACUUUUGGAGGAGCAUGAGACUGAACAUAGUGACAUUGGCUACCACACAGCUGUCAGAUGGCUCAGCCUGGGCAAAAUGCUAAAAAGAUUAUGGGAGCUGAAAGCAGAGAUUCGAGAGUUCUACAAGAAGAAAGGCAAGGACAUCCCAGAGCUCUCAGAUGAGGACUGGAUGGCCGAUUUUGCAUUUGCUGUUGAUGUGACUGCACUGAUGAAUGAACUGAACACCAAACUGCAAGGCAAGGGCCUUUUUGUUCAUGAAAUGCACAGCCUGGUGAAGGCUUUCAUGAGAAAGUCGCAGUUUCUUUCAAGCCAACUGGACAGCAACAAUCUCACUCACAUGCAAACCCUGAAAGAAGUCACACCAUCAGCUGAUUACCUCCGCAGGUACUCAUCCAAGCUAGGAGCACUGCAUGGUGAGUUUUCAAGGCGAUUUGAAGAUCUCAGAAUGAUCGAGGAUGAAAUGCACAUGAUUUCCUCUCCCUUUACCUGCAGUGUGGCUGAUGCACCCAGUGAUGUUCAGCUGGAACUCAUUGACCUGCAGUCUGAUGCGGUACUGGCAGAGCACUUUAAGUCAGGAUCACUGCUGGAUUUUUACUCUUCUCUCAAGGAGGAGAACUUUCCAAACAUAAGGAGACAUGCUCAGAAGAUGUUGGUUCUCUUUGGCUCUACCUACAUAUGUGAACAAACAUUCUCAGUGAUGAAGUUUACAAAAUCCAGGUAUAGAUCCUCUCUCACUGAUGAUCAUCUGGCAGCUGUGCUUCGCAUCUCCACCUCAGACAUUCAACCUGACUUUGAUGCACUUGUGAAAGCCCAACAGAGACUAGAUUUCUCUCACUGA